GGGAUGAGGUCUCUGGGUUGGAGCAGGGGCGGGGCUGGGAGCCAGUUCUCCUGGGUCCUGCCCCCAGCUCAGGGAGGUGAGGGGGGCUAUGGGUUGGAGCAGACCUGGGGCGCUCCCAAGUCUAGCUGACCGUGGUAUUAGCAGUCGGGCUUUUGUGAGUAUCUGCGGUGGUCAGACCGGGGCAGGGGAACUCUGCUUCCCUUCUGAUCCGUCCCUUCCUGCUGCUGGGAAGGAAGAGCGCCCCCAACUGCACCCCCAGCCCCACUUACGGCCUCGGCCUCCCCCCCAGCCAGCCGAUCUCACCCUGCAGACGGCUGCCCCUAAUUCAGGCCGAAUUCCCUGCCGCGGGGCAGUUGUAAUUCACAGCUCUGCCUUUCCCCGGCUGUGCCCGAUGCCGUGGGGCGAGCGGCUGGGCUGGGCCCUAGAUCGCCCACCUUUGCCCCCUGUCUGGGUAACCGAGUGAUUCCCCCUGGUGGAGGUGACGGGGAAGGACCACUCCCCCCUGCUGGGAUAGUUCUGGGGGUGGGGUGGGCUAGAGUGUUUCCCGCUCUUCACCCACAGCCCAGCCCGCGGCCGGAGGCCGGCCCCAGCCGGUGGAGUUUUUAGCCGGGGAGGGAAAGCGGCGACGUGUUUUCCUGUCGCAGGCCGAGGGUGGGAGGAGACGGAAAGUUACCGAGAUGCUGAGCGAGGGGAGAACGCGCAGGAGCACUGGGGGCUGGGGGGAGGGUUUGGAUCAGUUGGGCCAAAGAGCCCAGUGCGGGCAGACAGCCGGGAUACCAGGCUAGAUGGGCCCAUGGCUCUGAUGUGGGGGGAGAAGAGCGAUGGAAGGUCUGGGGGAAUUGCUCCAGUAGCUCCUUCCCCCCCCCCCAGUCCCCCGUCCCGCACAGGCCCCAGCGCUCCCGGGGCCGGCCCCCACCUGAGCUUCGCUGCGUAGAUCUGAACUCAGAUAAAGGAGGCGCGGGAGGAAAUGCGAAACGUGCACCCUGUGUGGGCCUCGCAGGCUGGGUCCCUUCUCACAGCAUCCCUGCAGGGCUGUGCACCUGUCGGGAUGGCCCCGGGCUCCCUCCGCAACAGCCCUGCCGGUGCCCCUCACUCCUGAUCCCCAGCCCAGCCCCGGGCUCCCGCCCAGCCCUGCCGGUGCCCCUCACUCCCGACCCGCAGCCCAGAACCUGGAUGCCGAAGAACCUGGCCCUUUUGCCCACGCUGUCCCGGGGGGAGUCGCCUGAGGGCACCCUGCCCGUGUCGCUGGCGCUCCCAGGUGCCAGAAGUGUGACACCCAAACGCGCCGGUCCCUCCCCCUCCUCUCUCGCCUUCACACCGCGCCCCGCGGCCUUUCCCCUCCGCCCGGCACGGCCCAGAGACCACGUGAAGGCUGCCGGAGGUAUAAUAACCACAGCCCUGGCAUCGCAGCCUUCGCGAUCACCUCCCCCUCGCGCUCGUCCUCGCCGGAGAUCUCCCCGCCGCUGCUUCUCCCUGCCCCAGAGGGAUCUGGCACCUAAAUGCAUCCUGGGACACGGGUUUGCGAGCAAGCCGCCUCUGCUGAUGGGUUAGUUACAGCUACUGGGCUAUAAAGGAUGCCUCACGUGUCUGCCGAAGAAGAUGUCGAUCCUUCGGGGGCUGGGGACAGUGAUAACCGCCCCCAGCGCCUGCUACAGAAUGGCCAGUGCGAGGCCCCGGCGGGAGGCCAGCCCCCGCCCCCCCUGACGCUCCUGGACAGGCUCCUGCUGACCCGGGGGCUCUGGCAGUUGCUCACCCUGCGCCCGGAGCAAGCCACGGAGCUGCUGAGGAUGCAGCCGCCUGGGACGUUCCUGGUGACCGGCACGGGAAGCGGGGAGCUCAAGGCGCUGUCGGUGCAGAGCAGCGGAGAGGGGCCCGGAGCCGGAGGCGUCUGCUGUUUCCAGAUCAAGGAGGACGGCUCAGCUGUUUGCCUGGAAGGGUCCCAACUGCGUUUCCUGGGCCUACUGGAACUGGUUGCCUUCCUCUCCGUGAGCAGGGACGUGCUGCCCCACCCGCUGCGGCUCCCAGCUACCUUGCAACACCUCGGCAGGGCCGAGCUGGACACCUGCGCGGCCCUGGGCAUGAGGUUCUGGAGUCCUCCCUUUAAGCCGUCGGCCUCAGGCAAGGAGGAGGAAGAGAACAUGGGGUCCAGCCCCGAGCCCCCCAACCCCCCGGAGAGGAGCCGCCCGGCCUGCUGCAUCCGGGUGACGUCGGAGGACGGGGCACUCUGCAUCAUCAACCCGCUCUUCCUGUCGGAGCACAGCAGCGAGGGCUGGCUCCCCGCCGGGGUGCCGCCCCCGUUCCACCCGCCCGAGAGAGGGGGCACCAUCCGGCUGAGGAACGGGCAGAGGCCCGGCCUGUUGGACAAGCCGCUGGCGCCCGCCGCCGCCGAGACGGACCAGCUGGGAGCCCCGGAGCCCGGGAAAGAGGGGGAGCAGGGCAAAGGUGAUGAUGCCCCCCCAGCCUCCGUGAAACGGAAGCUGCUGGUGCGCCGGCCGGCCUGGAACAUGUCCGAGGACUCGUCGUCCCCGCCGCCGGCCGAGCGGCAGGAGGGCCCGGCCUCCCCGCACCGGGUCUCUUGGAUCGAGGGGGCCUCGGACGCCCCCUGGGCGCUGAAGAAGUCCCACUCGGAGUCCUCACUGCUGGGCCCCCGGGACAGCCUGCUCCUGCCGCCCAUCCCGGAGCUGGACUCGCUGUCGGUCAGCAGCGUGGAAGAGGAGGCCGACGCCCACCCGGCCACGCCCCGCAAGAAGCACCAGUCGGCGGCGCUGCCGGGCCGGGUCCUGCACCGGCUGUCGGCCGUGGGCAGCGCCCUGACCAGCUUCCUCUCGGCCGAGCGCCGGCUGGCCAAGCGGGUCCAGGAGCUGACGCAGGAGCCGGCCUCCUAUGUGGGGGGCCUGGUGCAGAACUUCGUGGGGCACGUGCUGCGGGGCGGGGCGGCCCGGCACCCCACCAGCACCGACCUGUUGCAGGAGAUCCGCCAGAUGAUCAGCAGCCUCAAGGGCUACCUGUGUGAGAGCUCGGAGCUGCAGGACGCCUGGGAGUACGGGGACCUCGAGGAGCUGGACCUGGGCUCCGUGGUGGAGGCGGCCCUGUACAAGUGCGUCCUGAAGCCGCUGCGGGACUGCGUCUACGGGCAGCUCCUGGACUUCCACAGCCGGGACGGGAGCCUGCAGAAACUGCGCGAUCACCAGCUGACCAUGAGCCGACAGAGCCUGGCGGAGCUGGGGGUGACGGCCAGCGUCCCCGACGCCCCGGCCCUCGAGCGCAUCCAGGCCAAGCUGCUCCAGAUGCACCAGGCCUACUCGCCCAAGAAGAAGGAGGCCCAGCUGCUCAAGGCCUGCAAGCUGAUCUACGAGGCCAUGAACCACGGCACGGGCGGCAAGGAGGUCUACGGGGCGGACGACUUCCUGCCGGUGCUGACCUACGUCCUGGUGAAGUGCGACAUCGUCUCGGUGCAGCUGGACGUGGAGUACAUGAUGGAGCUGCUGGACCCCAGCCAGCUGCAGGGAGAAGGCGGCUACUACCUCACCACCUGGUUCGGGGCUCUUUACCACAUCAGCAACUUCCAGUCAGCCAUGGUAACCCGGCAGAUCAGCAUCGAAGCGCAGGACUCCAUCCACCGGUGGCAGCGCCGGCGCACCAUCCACCACAACCAACACAGCCGGCGCCGCUCCCAGGACAUCUUCUACGUCUCCUUCCAAGAGCCCUUUGCGAACCAGAAGGCCAUCCCCGUCCCCGCCCACAUGACAGCGGCCUCAGUGUGCGUGAUAUGCAGCAAGAAAUAUGGCGUCUCCAACCCGGAGGCCUAUGGUCUCUUCCUGGUGACGGACAGCACCUCCCGCCUCCUGGCGGGGGACAGCCGCCCCCAGCAGAUCCGCUCGGCGUCCCUCAAAUCCCACUGCGGCUCCAGCUGCUUCGUUUACAAGCUGAAGGGAGAGGAGUCGGAAGUCCCGUUGGAGGGCGACGGCCCAACUCCUGCUCAGGAACCCAUAUAAGGCCGGUAGAGAGUCGGUGCAAUCAGAGGCUACCUGGAUGGGAGCGUCCAGUCCGGGUAUCCAAAGUCCAGCAACCUCGGGACUGAGGCCGGACUCUCCCCAGAGCCUCCCGGGUCCUAAUAUCUUGGGACGCCUGGGGAAAAAACAAACUCAAACUUCCCAAGGGUCGGAGCACACAGGCCUGGAGCGGCCAGCGGAAAGAGUAGAAGCCCCAUUGACUUAUAACUGGAGGGGACAAUCCUACCAUGGCUGGGGCAUCCCCAUCUUUGCAGGGCACAGCUCGGGGGAGUAGGUGUCCCAAGCCGGGGCGGCCUUUCCUUCCCUUGGAACUCUCUGAGCCUUGGGGCCGCGUUGGUCAGUUUGGCUCCCGGCUGCAGCCCGGGGCCGGGGCGGGUGGCUCGGGACGCUGCGGUCCGGAGCGCAGGAACCGUGCGGCUCUAGCCGGCUGCCUGAGGUGGUGGGGGGUCCUGUGCCAUACACGUUUGGGAGGCUGCAGCCCAGUGGGAAAGGGUCAGAAGAGCAGCCGCUUUGCGGGCAAACUCAGCCGGGCGGCAGGGGGAAAAUCAAUCCAAUAUCCUCUCCGGGGCAGGGCUGGCAUAUAUCGCCCAAGGGGCAUGGUGGGAGGGGGGGGAGAGGAGAGGCAGCUUGCCCUGAAUCACCUUCUAUCCCAAGGGCUGCACCAGACGCCCCCCACACACCCCCAUACCCAGAGGAAUGUAACUAACCAGCCCGUUAGUUCCCCUCACAAUCUGAGGUUGUUCCAAUAACGUGCGGUGAGCUUUACCACUUCUCUCUAGGACCAGGAACCCAGCUCGUGGGAAUCCUUGUUUAAAGGGGAAGUGACCUUAAACUCCUGAACGUUCUGCCUCGUCAGGGGCUAUAUAUUUAUAUGACCUUCUCCCCUGUAAAGGGAGGGCUAUAAAAAGGACUUUGGCCCGCUUGGUUACUCUUUCUUUAAAUAAAAAAGGA